UCUGGAGUCGGACACGACUAAACAACUAAACAACAACAAUGCUGAAGCACAGCAAAAAAUGGAAAAGAAGGGAAGGCACACAAAAUAAAGACUGUCCAGGGCACUACUUGCAGCUGCUGGGAUCUUGUAGUUAAUCCUUGCUGCUCAAAUCCAUGCCAAAACAGAGGAAUCUGCAUGACAACAGGAUUUGACCAUUAUGAAUGCGACUGUACGCAGACUGGUUAUCAUGGGGAACACUGCACUACACCCGAAUUCUUUACUUGGCUGAGAGCGAUGCUGAAACCUGCUCCAGCCACAGUCUACUAUCUGCUCACUCACUUCAAAGCAGUCUGGGAUGUAAUCAACAACACCCCUUUCCUCCGCAACACCAUCAUGAGAUUCAUAUUGAUGUCAAGGUCCAAUUUAAUAGAAAGCCCACCAACGUAUAACAGCCGUUAUGGUUACAAAAGCUGGGAAGCCUAUUCAAACCUUUCUUACUAUACCAGAGCACUUCCGCCGGUAGAACGCAGCUGCCCAACCCCUAUGGGUGUGAAAGGCAAGAAGGAACUUCCAGAGUCUAAACUCGUUGUGGAGAAAGUUCUACUUAGGAGAAAAUUUAUUCCCAGCCCUCAAGGCACAAAUAUCAUGUUUGCGUUCUUCGCUCAACACUUCAGCCACCAAUACCUCCGUACAGAAAAUGACAAAGGACCAGCCUUCACAAAGGCCUUUGGGCAUGGGGUCGAUCUAAAUCAUAUCUAUGGAGAGAAUUUGGAUAGGCAGCUGAAACUCAGACUCUUUAAGGAUGGGAAGCUGAAAUUUCAGAUGAUCGAUGGAGAGAUGUACCCACCUACGGUCAAAGAAACUCAGGCAGAAAUGAUCUACCCACCACAUGUUCCUGAGCACCUGAAAUUUUCUGUAGGGCAAGAGGUCUUUGGUUUGGUUCCAGGGCUGAUGAUGUACGCCACGUUAUGGCUCCGGGAACACAACCGGGUCUGUGAUAUUCUGAAGGGCGAGCAUCCGGAAUGGGAUGAUGAGCAGCUGUUCCAAACUGCCCGGCUGAUCUUAACAGGAGAGACCAUCAAGAUUGUGAUUGAAGACUACGUGCAGCACCUGAGUGGCUACCACUUCAAGCUGAAGUUUGACCCAGAGCUGCUCUUCAACCAGAGAUUCCAGUAUCAGAACAGAAUAGCGGCAGAAUUCAACACCCUUUACCACUGGCACCCUCUCCUCCCUGAUACCUUCCAGAUUCAUGACCAAGAGUACACAUACCAGCAGUUUAUCCAUAACAACUCCAUCAUGUUAGAACAUGGUCUUUCCCAUAUGGUGGAAUCCUUCUCCAAGCAAAGGGCUGGAAGGGUAGCUGGUGGGCGGAAUGUCCCUGCUGCAAUGCAGAAAGUAGCUAAGGCCUCCAUUGAUCAAAGCAGGCAGAUGAGAUACCGCUCCAUGAAUGAGUAUCGGAAGCACUUUAUCCUGAAACCCUUUCAGUCAUUUGAAGAGCUCACAGGAGAAAAAGAAAUGGCUGCAGAACUUGAAGAACUCUAUGGGGAUAUUGAUGCUAUGGAGUUCUACCCAGCCCUUCUUGUAGAAAAACCAUACCCUGGAGGUAUAUUUGGUGAGACCAUGAUAGAAAUUGGGGCACCGUUCUCUUUGAAAGGUCUCUUUGGAAACGCUAUUUGCUCACCAGAGUACUGGAAGCCCAGCACCUUUGGGGGCAAAGUUGGCUUUGACAUAGUGAACACAGCCUCCAUCCAAAACCUUAUCUGCAACAAUGUAGAGGGCUGUCCUCUCAUGGCUUUCCAUGUCAUAAACCCAGCAACAGCAGCAACGAAUAACGUCAGCACCUCCAGCACAGCAAGAGACGAAACUGGCCCACCAUUACGAUCAAAAGAACAGUUUGCUGAGCUAUAGGGAACAGUGUUUUGCAUAUUUAUUUAUUUACGGUAUAUCAUUGCUGCUGCUGCUGCUGCUGCUGCUAACAAAAACCACUUUAAAGGCAUGUUCUGCUUAGAUCUGCAGGACCGAACCUUUCGGUUUUUAAGAAUAUCUACUGUACUAGAAAGAUGUAUUCCAAAAUGGAUCAGGGCAUGGGAUAUGCUGCUUAAACUUGCACAGAAAUGAUAACUCUGCCUCUUAAACUUGACAAGAAGGACCCUAAAUAUGGAACCAUUUUAGGUGUCUAGAAGUGAUAUUUUAUGAUCCUGUUAUUAAAGCAUGCUAAAACCAUUCCUUAUUAGCUAUGCAGUUUGAAAUGAGAUCUAACAGCCAAAUGGCCGCUUUCUAAACCCAUAAAUUGCCUUCAGCUGUUGCAAGUGGUGAGGGGCUUAUGCUUCCUCUUUUCAGUUGUGAGAAGUGGAGUUCCAGAUCCCAUCUAGGCCUCACAAAUGUGAUUUGAGAUAUAGAAUAGCACUGUAUGUUCCAGAGCUUCUUUAUAACACAGCCGCUUAUAUCUGGUCAUUUCAACUUUUGGUUACUGACACUUUUCAAGUUGGCUGAUAAACACUUACGAAAAUGAACUAUAAACAUAAUUCGUAAAAAAUAAAUCAGAAAAUAAACCAAAUAUGCACUCUGAUUAAUAGCUUGGUUAUUGUCAGUUUUGCAAAUUCAAGGCCCUUGAAUCAGACCAUUAUUUCUCUAAUCGACUGGUAACUUGAGAAAUGCAACCUUAUUCUUGUAUUGUAGGUAUUAAAAUUUUCAUGUUGCUUAAGAAAUGCAUGUUUAAUAGUAUGGCUCUGAAGCCCAUACAUUACUGGCCCUCUUGGUUGAAAAACCCUCUGUUAUUUGUACUCUGGCAAUUGAUAUAAUGAUUAUCUGUUAAACCAAAAUGAUAAUGGAGAAAAUAUUGCUGGAAAAGGAAAUAUUGGUGUAACCCAAGGAAAUAUGGACAAAAGUCACCAGGAAACUCUUGAGAGAGCUCUAUGAGGUCUGCCUUUUGGGCUUUUGUAGCACUCAAUGGAGGUUGCUCAGGAGAACGUCUGGUGGAUUGUGCCCACAGACUAUAGGGGUAAUUGUCCUCUUUGUUUUGAGAACUCUCUAUUCCAUUUCUCUUGGUUCUUUUGAUUAGUUCAUACCUAGAAGUUUCUUCAUCUCUUUCUGGUGCCCCACUUCUCCCUUUUAAGUUCUCUUCCCCUUUGAUACCAGGAUACCAGAGCCCUGUCACAUCCUGGACAAUGGACUUCUUCUGUAUUACCAGAGUAAUUUUUAAAAUGUUUACAAAAUUAACAGGGAAAAAAUACAUUAUUUGCAUGAAAUAAGUUGGAAAGGUCAUGAAUGCUUUUGAGUCACAGCUACCUUAAAGUCUUGGAUACCCGAAUGGUUUUGUAUGGCACAGCAAUCAUUUUCCUCCACAAGGCAAGACCAGCAUAAAAAUAAAAAAUCCUUCUCUAGAGACUAGAAAAUUGGUUUUUCAUUCUAGCCUUUCUUUGUCUAACUGGAUCUGCUUUCUUAAUAUCAAACGUUGUUAUGACUUUAUCCAUUGGCUAGAAACACUGUGGUUCCUCAGGUGGUUCCUCACAAAGUUGAGCAGACUAGGGCCCCGUUUGUGUUCUGUCUGCCUCAUAUUUUAGGAUCUAUAAAUGCCAUAAAUUUAGUUUUGAAAAAAAGAUGAUGACGAAAACUGGGAAUCUGGGUACUGUAACUCAUCUGAGGAGGCAAUCACCCGCUUUCUACAGACAUUCAUGUUCCUGCAUCUGGGCCAAUUCCUAUCAUAGCUGCAGUCGCAACUCUCUAGUGGGGUUGCUACCCUGUAGCAUGUAGCAAUGGUCCAGUCUUGCAAAACUUAGAGGUUUCUACACGUACACAUAUCUCCUUUCUCCAUCCAGGCAAAGAAGAGACUUUAUUACAGUUCCAUGACACCUUCCAGCCAAGCAAAAAAACACUCAAGAGAGGCAUGAGAUACUAGAAGAGCCUUCUGGAUAUAAGUCCAACGGUCCAUUACCCCAGCAUCUUCUUCUCACAGUGUGUCUGGAGGUCUU